AUGACGAACCGGCACAACCCGCCCGUCAUCGUGGGCAAGCGGGACGAGAACCCCAUCGUCUUCUUCGACAUCGCCAUCGGGGACCGCGACGUCGGGCGCAUCAUCAUCGAGCUGCGCUCCGACCUCUGCCCCAGGACCUGCGAGAACUUUCGCGCGCUCUGCACCGGCGAGCGCGGCAAGAGCAAGGAGGACAAGGUGCCGCUCCACUACAAGGGGUCCAAGCUCCACCGCAUCGUCAACGACAGCCACUGCCAGGGCGGCGACAUCCGGAACGGCGACGGCACCUGGAGCGGCUGCACCUUCGGCGACAACACGACCUUCGAGGACGAGAACUUCAUCCUGCGGCACGUGGGCCCGGGCGUGCUCUCGAUGUGCAACCGGGGCCUCGACAGCAACGGGAGCCAGUUCUUCUUCAGCUUCGCCGAGAAGAAGGAGUGGGACGAGAAGCACGUCGUCUUCGGGUGCGCGGCGACGCACGAGAGCCUCCAGGUCCUCUACGCCAUCGACCAGGUCGGCUCGCCGAGCGGCAAGCCCUCGACCGUGCCCAUCAUCAAGGACUGCGGCCAGCUCUUCCCGAAGCGAUAG